AUGGCCGUGUGCGAUGUUUGUUGGGAUCCAAGUGGAACCUAUCUGCUAUCGUGUUCACUCGAUCAAACCACACGUUGUUUUGCACCCUACAAGGAUACGGAUUCAUACGCAGAAAUCGCUCGUCCGCAAGUGCACGGUUAUGAUCUGGCUUGCCUGGCUUCUGUGUCACCGAGUUGUUUUGUGUCGGGUGCAGAGGAGAAGAUUCUUCGUGCAUUUCGGGCACCGAAAACAUUUGCGAGAAGUUUAGCGAACCUUUCGAAAUGCAAUUUCGAGAAGUUGUUCCCUGAUACCGACAAAUUACCUGAACAAGGUGCAUCGGUGCCAGCUCUAGGACUGUCCAACAAAGAAAUUGGUGAAGAUCAAGGUUUAGAGUAUGGUCUUGGUGGGAACGCCAAUGAAAUCGCAUCGUUGACCGCAAAUCCGGUCGUUCUUGAAGGUGAAUUCCGAUUGAUUGUUGUUUUGUGA